UUGCAACCAUCUACUUCUAUUUUUCCCAGAACACCUAUUCAUAUAUCAUGUCAGCCACUAUAUGGCCUCGAGAAACAAGUACUUUACGGUCUUCAAGAUCCUGACGAAAUCCAGUGGUUUCCAGAGGUAACUUUAUUGAUUAAUCGAUUUUUUCUUAGAAACCUUUUUAAAAGGGUGAUCAUUCUAAAGCGAAGUCUAAUGAUAUAUAAGGCUUCGGCACUCCAAUAUCGCACUUUUUUCUCCCUAACAUAA